AUGGAGAGCAGCGACCGGGACAUGUACCGCCAGUUUCAAGACUGGUGUCUCAGGACUUACGGGGACUCAGGAAAAACCAAGACGGUGACCCGUAAAAAAUACGACCGGAUCGUCCAGCUCCUCAACGGCUCCGAGUCGAGCUCCACGGAUAAUGCCAAAUUCAAAUUCUGGGUCAAAUCUAAAGGCUUCCAGCUCGGCAACUCGGACGAGGUCAGUGGUGGUGCUGGAGGAGGGAAGCAAGUGCUGUACGUGCCAGUCAAAACCACGGAUGGAGUAGGUGUGGAUGAGAAGCUGUCUUUACGGCGGGUAGCCGUCGUAGAAGAUUUCUUUGACAUUAUCUAUUCCAUGCAUGUGGAAACUGGUCCUAAUGGAGAACAAAUCAGAAAACAUGCUGGUCAAAAGAGAACAUAUAAAGCAAUUUCAGAGACCUAUGCCUUUCUACCGAGAGAAGCGGUGACACGAUUUCUAAUGAGCUGCUCAGAGUGCCAGAAAAGAAUGCAUUUAAACCCAGAUGGAGCGGAUCAUAAAGAUAAUGGAAAACCUCCAACUCUGGUGACCAGUAUGAUUGAUUACAAUAUGCCAAUUACUAUGGCCUACAUGAAACACAUGAAGCUGCAGCUACUAAAUUCACAGCAAGAUGAGGAUGAAAGCUCUAUGGAAAGUGAUGAGUUUGAUAUGAGUGACUCGACUAGGAUGUCAGCCGUGAACUCUGACCUCAGCUCAAAUCUGGAAGAGAGAAUGCAAAGUCCUCAGAACCUCCAGGGCCAGCAGGAUGAUGAUUCAGCCGCAGAGAGUUUUAAUGGCAAUGAGACCGUGGGACACAGUUCCAAUGCUUCAGGGGGAACACACUGCAGGGAGAUGGCAGAAACCAACAGUAAUGGCAAAACAAAUCUGGAGCAGGAUGAGCAGCCUCUGAACCUGAGUGACAGUCCCCUCUCUGCUCAGCUGACUUCAGAAUACAGACUAGAUGAUCACAGCAGUAAUGGAAAGAACAAAUACAAGACUCUCCUAAUUUCUGAUCUCAAGAUGGAACGGGAGGCAAGAGAAAAUGGAAGCAAGUCCCCUGCACAUAGCUAUUCAAGCUAUGACUCUGGCAAGAAUGAGAGUGUAGGCAGAGGUGCUGAAGAUUUGUCUCUGAAUCGAGGAGAUGAAGAUGAGGAUGACCAUGACGAGCAGGAAGAUCCUGAGAAGGUUAAUGAAUCAGAUGGGGUAGAAGCUGAGCGACUGAAAGCUUUUAACAUGUUUGUCAGGCUGUUUGUAGAUGAAAACUUAGACCGAAUGGUCCCAAUCUCUAAGCAGCCCAAAGAAAAGAUCCAGGCUAUCAUUGACUCAUGCAGGCGACAAUUCCCUGAGUAUCAAGAGCGUGCCAGAAAGCGCAUACGUACUUACCUCAAGUCCUGCAGGCGGAUGAAAAGAAGUGGUUUUGAGAUGUCACGACCUAUUCCCUCACACCUUACUUCAGCAGUUGCAGAGAGUAUCCUGGCUUCCGCCUGUGAGAGUGAAAGCAGAAAUGCUGCAAAAAGGAUGCGGUUGGAUAGACAGCAGGAUGAGGCUGCUCCAGCUGACAAACAGUACAAACAGGAGCCAGCCCAGGUCACUUACUCAACAUCAGCUGUUUCCAGCACACAGGAAGUGUUGUACAUCAACGGCAACGGGACCUACAGUUACCAUAGUUACAGAGGGCUCGGAGGUGGGCUGCUAAAUCUCAACGAUGCUUCUAGCAGUGGUCCCACAGAUCUCAGUAUGAAGAGGCAGUUAGCAACCAGCUCUGGAUCCUCCAGCAGCUCGAGCUCCAGACCCCAGCUGAGUCCCACUGAAAUCAACGCCGUCCGGCAGCUGGUGGCCGGGUACCGAGAGUCGGCCGCCUUUUUACUGCGCUCUGCAGACGAACUGGAAAACCUGAUUUUGCAGCAGAACUGA